AUGUCACCACAAACGUUUGAGGUGUCAUCUCGUAAGCGUUCCUUAUUCAGUGGUGCUAAGAAGUGGUUUGGUGGCUACAAACCCAAUGACAAGCCUACGAACAAUACAACAGUGGUCUAUACACCUGAAGCCCCAGAAAUGCAGACACGGCGGCUGGCAGACCUGGCCUUCAUGUUCCAGUUGUAUGAAAUAGCUUACCAGACAUAUCAUGCCCUGAAGAGAGACUUCAACAAUGAUCAUGCUUGGCUACACCACGCUGGAGCACUGGAAAUGGCCAGCCUGGCAGUGUUUAUGCAGGGUAGUCAGACACAGAGACAGUAUCCAGCACAUUAUAUAGAGUCUGCCAUUGCCUCCUAUCUCAACACAUGCAAGUCUCCCCAGUUUGCUACCAGGGCCACUCUGAUGAGCACGGAGGCACUGAAGAGCAGAGGCAUGUAUGCAGAGGCAGCUAUGCAGUUUAUCAAGAUGACCAGUGAGGACUCAGACCUCCGCAGUGCCCUGAUGCUGGAGCAGGCUGGCCACUGUUUUAUCAACAUGAAGCUGCCCAUGGUUAGAAAGUACGCAUUCCACAUGAUCCUGGCUGGACACAGGUUUAACAAGGCAGGCCAGAGACGCCACGCCCUCAGAGCCUACAGCCAGGCACUGCAGGUUUAUAAGGGGAAAGACUGGAUACUCGCAGAGGAUCACAUCAACUUCACAGUGGGCAGGCAGUCCUUUAAUCUGAAACAGUUAGACAACGCUGCCUCAGCUCUCAGGCAUCUGUUAUGUAGGUCAAGUCAACAGACACCUGCUCAGCAGGGGGCAUUUCUCAAGGAGUACCUGUUUGUAUUCAAGCAACACCUUCAGCAAGGCUCCAGUGUUGACGGCCUGCCUCAGUUGCCUCUGCCUUCUGUCAAUGGAAACACGGCUAAAGUACUGCUCUGUCAGCCUGGACAGUGUCCACAAGGCAAUAAGACCCCUGCCACAGGCGUUGGAUUUAUAGAUGAUGGAAGAAGCUUGUCUUGGAUGGAACUUGAACAAAAGGUGGCAGCAACUGCAUCCGGCAAACCUGGCAAAGUGCCAGCCAACUUCAAGCCCAGUGUCCAGUGCUUUUCUGACCUCACGAACAACAGUUCACACCCUGUGGCAGUCAUAGGGGAACCCAUCUUUGUGGAGAUUACAUUGGUCAAUCCACUGAAGAUUUCACUGGUUUUGACUGACAUUGUAUUACUGUGGAGUUUUCUACCUCAUGUGGAUGAAGAGCAAAAUCAAGAAAAGCCCCCACAGUUGAUCACCAAUGAACAUGUAGAAACUGGCAAAAAAACUUUAGCCAAUGAACUGGUAGAGAGUGAGGUGAUUCCAGAGCUAGUUCUGGAGGCACUGAUGACAGAGCCUCUUCAGUUGUCUGUGAUUCCUAAAAAAGAAGGAGAGCUUCACAUAACUGGAAUCGCCUAUAACCUGGGUACAAGCAGUUCCAGCACAAACACCACCAGUGGCAAUGUUAUUGCCAAUACUGGUGAGCAGAAGCAGAGUUUUAUCAGUGGUAUCUCUGUAAGAGGGAAGCAAGUGAUAGAGGUGCAGGGGCCUCGCCUCAAUGCUUCCAAAGUGGAAAAGUGCAGCAAGAUUUAUGGCCCCGACAGGAGACUGGAUGUGCGAAUGGUGCCAAAGAUGCCUCUGUUAGAGGUAAACUUGUAUGGUGUUCCCCAGACAAUGAUGUGUGGAGAGGUCCAACAACUGACAGUUGAGUUCAUCAACAGGGGCCCUCUCCCUUUACACAAACUCUACAUGGCCUGCUCCCAUCCAAAAUUCUGUACUUUUGGGAGCUCUGACACCCUCCCGCAGGCCUCUGCUUUAUAUCAGUACAACUCCCAGCAGACAGGGUCAGCAGUGCACAAUGAACUUCAUGUUGUAAAGGAAUUAUGGGCAGAGGACGCUCAGCAGGUGCCCUUAAAACGUGACAUUUUAGACCCAGGGGGAGUGGUCAGUGUCCCACUGUGGAUUAGGGGACUAGAUAUCAAUGGAGUCCAUAAUGUGGAUUUUCUGUUUUAUUAUGAACCAGUUGAUAGAAAAUGUCCAUUGAUGAGGCACCGAGUUGUCCGCCACACUGCUGUGAUGAGGACCAGCAAUGCACUGAAGCUGACCUCCACUGCCCAGAAGCUGCCUCCCAGUAAGAGGGGACAACUGAACAGUCUGGUGCUGGCACUGGAGGCGGAGAAGGUGUUUGAUGCCAGUGUGCUGGAGGUGAGCUUACUGCAGGUGUCCUGUGCCAGCCCCACCUGGACACUGCAUCACCUGAGUACCAGACCACAUACAGAUAUGAAGUUAAGUGCCACAGAGUCAUUAUUGAUGUCAUUUAAGGCCACUAGGUGUCAGGACUGUGCUGCAGUGUCAUCAUCAAAGCUGAUUUUCUCAGAUGUCACAUUUGAUCAGCAUCAGAUCAGUAGCACAGGCAGCCCAUGCUGUGAUUUCUGCUUUAAGUCUCGCCAGACGUGGAAGUUGGCAUCAAGUAGCAGCGAGGGGGAUCCUUCUAUACCCCAGACCACGCCCACCCCACCGUCACAGGACCAGGGUCUGGAGGACCUGGCACAUAUAGAUCUUAGUUUAAUUGUUCUCUGGAAGUUCAAGGUGGUGACAGAGAGUGGUGCUAUAGGGACAAUACAGGGACAACAUCACCUCCAUAUAGACAGCCUGGAUACCCCAGCCUACUCCCCUGCUGUGAGCAAGGUGCCUGUAGAGCAUGCCCCAGUGAAAAUAAUCAAGGACCGCGCCCCUUCAUUGCCAAGCCACCCCAAUCCUGAACUGGUUUCUCAGCUACUCAAGAUAUGCUUACGGCACAAUAUGACAGUACUGCAUAAUUUCCACAAGAAUAGGCUGUGUUACAUGCCAGUUAGUAUAGUGCUCCAUAACACUUCACAGAACACAGUGAAAGUUGAUAUGUCUUCCCGUGAACCCAGCUCACACAGAUCCCAUGCUGAAUCCACAACCUCUGACAUCAUCCUGGAGCCAACAUCGUCAGGUUUCAGCUGGUCUGGAAAAAUCCACAGCACACUCCAGCUCCAGCCCCUAGAGACACACACACUUCACCUGGUGGCCUGUUUCAACUCCCCUGGAGUGUACAAUUUGAAUAGACUCCAGGUGGCAGCAGGUGUAUUGAGGGAGUCCAGUGACCUUGACAUUGAUAUGGUUGUACAGAAACAUCCAGCGCCAUCUGUUGCCAUAGUUAAACAAGAGCCUCUUACGUCAAGUUAGGUUCUUGUUUGUGAAAGAAGAUGAGAAGACAUGGAUAGGAGGUUCAGUUGAGACGUAAAUGGAAGAUGUGCUUCUUGAAAUUUGUUCAUGUAUGAAAAAAAAAGAUUCAUGCUGUUAAAUGGUAUUCUGCUUCAUUGUGGUAAAUAACAGUCAAAAGAUGGGAGUGUGCAAAAAUAAUUGCCUUGUUUUCUUGUUAUUGCUGUGAAACAUGAACUUUGCCUUUUGCAGUUUAUGUGAUAAUUGGUCAGAAUGUAUUUGUACAGUCUGUCUGGGAGGCAAAAUAUGAUUUUGUAAAUUUGAAAGUUUUGUCAAGAUCUUAGGUAGGAAAUGAAAGAUUUGUUUAAUUCAGGGUUUUAAAUUGCUGAAAAUUAACUGUUGAGUGCAAUUCUAAAUCUUCAAUAUAAAAUGUGGAACAAUAAUUUUUAAUGAAAACUUAUAUUUCUUGAACAAUUACACAUCUGCGAAAGUUUGUGAUCAAGUUGUUGGUAUCUUUUCAUCAGUGAAUUUUGUGUAUUUAGACAGCAGUGCUUGGCAAUGGAAAUAACUUGUAUGUUAUUUUUAAAGUGCAACAACGUGUACAUAGAUAUGUAAACAUCCCAUUGGAUUUUUUAUUCCCUGUUGGUGCAAAAAGGUUAUUGUGUUACGAACAUUUCAAUGUCAUACAUUGUUAUAUGAAUCUGUGAAGUGCUACCCAAUAGCACACAAACAUGUAAGAAUUCCAAGUAUAUUACAGAGCAUCACUGCUCUACAUUGCCAUAAGGUAUGUUAAUAAGUUAAUAAGUCUUUGGUAGACGAAAUAACUACCAAGCGGUGUCCAAGUCAAAGCUUCGUUUUUAUAUGCUUGCAUUAGUCAAACCAGAAUAAUGUGUUUCAAAAGAAAUUGUAAAGGAUAGAAAAUGUUACGGUUGAAUGACAGAAAGCCUGUUUGUUUGUGUAUAAGUGUGUGUGUAAGGCAAAGAGAGGAGAGGAGUUUUAUGUGAAUUAAAAAUUCUCAAUUGACAUUUUUUUCUGGGUAAUUUAGUAUAACUACAUAAUACUUGCACAACCAACAACGGACCCAUAGUGGUAAUAUAUAAGCUGCUGACUUCAUGAGCAAUGAGUUACGUCCGCUUAGAAAAGAUCAAUUUAUUCAUUUACCAAAAAAAAAGCUUAAAAUUUGUUUCGAUUUCUGUUAAAAAAUGUUUCCGAUUUCCGAAACUUGUGAAUUAAGUGGUGUUUUUCUAUAUCAGUUGAAAAUAUCUCGUAAUUCAUUGUGUUAACGACUUUUCUUUAUGCCAUCCUCCAGAAAUGCGGUAGGUUAUAGGUUGAUCGUUCCAAGCUAUUUAUAUGUCUUCAUCUUGAUAUCGUGUCGAUGCCUAUAAACUGAGGGAACGUUUGUUAUUGGUUGUUUAUUUAUGACGUCAGAGAUGAUAUAAUUUAAGUAUCUGAUAAGGAUUUACUUCUGUAUUUUGUUUCCACAUAAUCAAAGCGUGAUCAAGGAAAUCUUCGUGGCUAAGGGUUGUUUGUUCGUUUUAUUUUCUAGAUGGCAUGCGGUCAAGGAACCCGUUCAAAGCAGAGAUAGUUGUCAAAGAUUGUAGUAAAAACGAUAAGAAUGUAGCUUCGUGAAGUGUUCUUUAAUAUACAUGUACAGCGAGUACCCUACUAAUAGAACAAAUUAUAUACAGCAACUUAAAUAGACAAUUUAACUACCAGAACUUGCAUGUUCAAUAAGCCUUUGGUAUAAGAAUGACAAUGAGUAAUCUGGCCGCUUGCUACUUUCUAAUUAAGGUAUUUAAUAUGAUUCCAGACUGAUAAAUAUGUUUUCGGGUAUUCUGCUGUGUGAUGUUUAUGGGCAAUGGCGUAAAUGGAAAUGUAUUUAAGAUUUAAACAAGUUUUCUAUGCGUAUUUGUAAAUACUAAAAACCGUGGAUCAUUUUCACAUUUCAUCUGUAAAUGUUUUCAAUGAUGAUUCAGUUUACAAUAAGAUACAUUUAUCUGGA